AGCCUUUGAAGGUUUUGAACUUGACGUCUGGUGUUUCUAAAUCGCCUCCUCUACUCUCGCCCUCUGGGACCAUUCUCAGUGAAGACAAAGGUUACUGGAACAGAAGUGCUACACUACAGUGACAGUCUGAUAACCUGCGGCUUAGCUACACAGGCAGGGGUGUGCACAAGGGAAACUGGACAAACAGAUGAAUCACAUCUCAGGCAGAGUGGAGUGAGGUGGGUCUCACCACGCCCCUCUGAACAGAGCACAAUUUAAAACUCAUACUGGGUGUGGCAGCUCCCACCUGGAAUCCCAACACAGGAAGCUGAGGCAGGAGGAUCACUGGGGAUUUGAGCCAGCCUGGGCUACACAGUGAGACUCUGCUCCCUCUAUGCCGGCCCCAAGGCUUGGGUUCAAUCUCCAGCACUGAAUAAACAAAGCACGAUGGCGGCGCUGGGACAGCCUCAGACUCAAGCCGGGCCUCCACUAGGAGGCAGAUGUUCCUGCAAGGCCUUCUUCUCCUGCCAAGUCUUCAGGAGGUUGCUAGCUGCAGGGACUCUCCUCAGCAACUGAUGAUGUGGACAUUCUACACAUCUACGAUUGGUGUAACCUAAAUGACAUGGGCAACUAUUGGAAAUGCGCUGUGGAAACGUGAUUUGAGGAUCUGGAGGAGCUGGGGACCUGGGUCUGGGGUGACAGCUCCUACUAACUGCAGACUGUGAAGAUAUGGAUCAUGAGCAGAACCCAGGAGCCGUGCUGCGGUGGCUGCUACACCUUUUGUGGCUGCCCCACUCCUGGGUGGUCCCUGCAGCUCCUACCCCCGAGUGGAGGGCCGACCUGCAAAACCACACGUUCCGGCACACGUUGUUCUGCCAGGAAGGGAGUCCGGGCUUGGGGCUCACCGAGACCUACGACGAGGACCUGCUAUUCUCCUUCGACUUCUCCCAGAACACCCGAGUGCCCCGCCUGCCUGAAUUUGCCAGAUGGGCUCAGGAUCAGGGAGACAGCACAGCCAUUUUAUUUGACAAGAACGUCUGCGAGUCGCUGAUUGGGGAAGUGGGCCCUCAACUUGAGGGGAAAAUCCCAGUGUCCAGAGGUUUUCCAGUUGCUGAGGUAUUCACGCUGAAGCCUCUGGAGUUUGGCAAGCCCAACACACUGGUCUGCUUUAUCAGCAAUCUCUUCCCACCCACCUUGAGUGUGAACUGGCAGCAUCAUUCCGUCCCUGUGGAGGGAGCUGGGCCCACUGUUGUCUCAGCCCUCAAUGGACUGACCUUCCAGGCCUUCUCUUAUUUAAACUUCACACCGGAACCCUAUGACCUUUACUCCUGUAUGGUGACUCAUGAAAUUGACCGCUACACAGCAAUUUCCUAUUGGGUGCCCCAGAACGCCCUGCCUUCAGACCUCCUGGAGAAUGUGCUAUGUGGUCUAGCCUUCAGCCUGGGUGUGCUGGGCAUCAUUGUGGGCGUUGCCCUCUUCAUCUGCUCCCUAAAACCUUGCUCAGAUGACUGAUUCUUCUGGACUAGAGUGUGGAGCAGCUCCAGCCGGCCGAGCAGAGAUGCUUUAGGGAAUCUCUCAUCCCAGCAGAAGUCCCUGGGGCUCCAGGGUGUGUGUGGGGAGGGGUGUGUGGACCUUGCAGGUGUCUCUGCUGAGGUUCUGCUGACCCUGGGUUUGCAUCCAGAGAAGCCCAGAUCAAGGCAAUAAACCUCAUUUCUUGAUACCAUCACAACCUUCUCUCUCUUCCUCCCCAACCCCCAACCAGGCAAGCACUCUCUCCACACCCCACCCCAGUGUAGCAUUUUUCUAAACUCAUGGUAUUUGCUUCUAGAUACCUGAACUUGAUUGGGUUUUCAUUUCAAAUUCAGCAUGCCUUAACCUGGACACAGCUCGCCCUCACUAGAGAGGGAGAUUGGGAAAACCCCUCACUCCCCAGCCAAGCUCUUGUUCUCUGUCCGCAGCAUGACAAUGACUUUUUACCUCCAUCAGCUUGUGCAAAAUUCUAGAGGAAGGCAGCACUGUAAUCUGCUCAUAAGACGCUUGAGGAAGCCGCCAGUGUUUUUGCCCCCGUGUCGCCCCCCAACUUUGCUGUUAGUGAAAACGUUUAUGGCUAAUGCCCAUUGCUCUGGGGAAGACCUAGUUAGUGGGAACAUUUAUGGCUAAUGCCCAUUGCACUGGGGAACACCUAGCUCUCUGCAACCGUCAAGGUAGCUGGGAAUCCAGGAGCUCAAAGGUGGAAAGCUGAUUUUCUGAUUGGUUGUCAGUCCUGUGCAGACCUCCUUGGUGAGGCCCUAAAGUGACAUCGGUCCUGGCUGAUGGUGGGAGCAGGCAGCACAUGACCACUGGUGGUAAACCGCCCUGAAUGCACUUUAUUCUUGGCUUUCUGUGGGGUGUGGGAGUUGCUGUGGAGGACGGCUAGCAUUGAGGUUAACAGUGAGAUCAUUUUGGUAUUGGCAAGGCAGUCUCUGUGUUUCAUACUGUAUCGGAGUCUAAUCCAGGGGAAAGCAUCUGACCCUUCCCAGGGGUUGGUUCUUCCCGUGGACCACUUCAUUUAUAAGAUCUGCGUGUACCAGUGAAGACACAGGGCUCCAGAACCAGACCAAUGCGGAUUCAGUCAUGACUGUCAAGCUUUAGCUCUGAGUUCUUGGAGUUGCUGACUGUCUUGGUGUCUGUGCCUUUACUACUGUUUUCAGUAAAGGGUGAUAAUAAAAUUGCCAUCUGCCUUA